GGUAUUCAUAUAAAUUAUUAUAACUUCAAAAAAUUAACUUAACAUACUUUAAAGGUAAGAAAACUCAUAAAAAUGAUGCAAUAAAGACUUAACAUCUUUCCUAAUACUCCUCCUCACGAUUUUAGCUUAAAGACUAAAGAUAUAGAAGGAGCAAGAAAUAAGUUUAUUGAACGCAAAGAACUUAUGGAAAGGCUUAGAUAAGGAGAUCAAAAUUACAUGUUUUCUUAAGGGGCAACUAACAAACUGCAAUAAUAGUAUCGAGGAAAUGAAUUAUAAUAACUCAAGAAUGACUAUAAUCAGCUAAAACAAUAAGUUGACUAACUUAGCACAACCAUAAAAAACUCUCCUAAUAUUGGAUAACAAGCAAGGUACUCAAUGGAUGUAUCAAAUAAUUCUCCUUACCAGUAAGUAAAUGGAAUGAAUUAUAAUCCAAACAGAUAUUCUGGAAAUAGUGAAAACAAAAUAAAUGUUUAUCGCAAUGCAGGAAACUAAAUUAUAAAUAAUUAAAGCUCAAUCAUGCCAAGAAACUAAUCUCAAGGAAACAUAUCUAGCUCUAUGAUGUAUGAAAAUAAACCUAGAUUAGGAAGCUAAGAUAUGUUAAAUAGGAUUAACAGUCCUGUUUAUAAUUAAAACAUCAGAAGUGAAAAUAAUUUGAAUGGACCACAAAAAUAAUUUUAGAGAUAUUCACCAUCAAAUUUUGAUAACCAAAAUUAAAAACAAACAAAUUAUCUAGCGAAUGGAUAUAAUGACAAUUAAUUAAAAAAUCAAUCAAUAUUCUAAAUGGGAACUCUUCUAAAUAGAUAUGAAAGACAUAGAUAUGUUCCACCUUAAAAGAAUGAAUAUUCUCGUUUCCCAUCUAAAUAAGUAUUUUUCUACUGA